GCUUUUGUGUUUUGUCAGAAUUAAUGAGAAAAGUUCCCUUGCCCUAGGGGUAAUUAGUGUCCUUGGAGUUAAAUAAGCUAAUACUUAGACACCUCUGGCACAAGCAAUUAUGUUUGUGUAUUGAAUAAUUGAUUCAAAGAGGGGGGAAGGGCUGCUAAUCAGAUCUGAGCAUAAUGAAUUGAUUUAAUUAACAGGGGAAUCCUUGGGUCGCUGCAAAGAAGCGUGCGCGGCGCAUUUAUUGCGCAGAGCGAAGCAGGGCGCGCACAGACGCGGGCAGAGAGGCGGCGGGAGUGGGCAAAGCUCGGCACUUUGUCACAUUUGCAAUUGGAUUUGUUUGAAUGUAGUUGUCGUCUCGGAGCAAAUGAGAGCGAGAGGGGACGCGUAUUAACAUCCAGGAGAAGAGAGAGCUCAGCCCUGCUCGGUGUGCGCGCCUUAUCCGCCUCCAGUGCGCACCUCACGGCAUAUUUAGUCGAGAUUUACACCGCCUUUUCAUUUCUUUAUUCGCAUGGAAGUCAUUCAAAGCGGUUUGGGGCUUAUUUAUUCGGGCUGCAGCUCCAGUGUGGAAACGUGCAUCCGGCCACGUCAGUCAGCGUAGUCAGCGUAGCAACAAUUACUGCCAUUAUUACAGAAAGGUGACUCAUUUAAGCGUGAAGAUUUCGCCGUAUCCCGCGCGUUGUAGUACAAGAAAGACGUUCCCAGUGGGAAGCUCCGAGCGGACCGAGCCGCGCAGCCUCCUGGAGCCAAGGACGGAUCGGCCGGGGAAGGACUCCUCGUUCCUCAGGACGAUGGUGCUGGACAAGGAAGAGGGUGUGCCGAUGCUCUCCGUCCAGCCCAAAGGGAAACAGAAGGGGUGCGCUGGCUGCAAUCGCAAGAUUAAAGACCGCUACCUGCUCAAGGCCCUGGACAAAUACUGGCAUGAGGACUGUCUCAAAUGUGCCUGCUGUGACUGCCGCCUUGGGGAGGUGGGCUCCACCCUUUAUACGAAAGCCAACCUCAUCCUGUGUCGCAGGGACUACCUGAGGCUCUUUGGUACUACGGGAAACUGCGCAGCCUGCAGUAAACUGAUCCCAGCCUUUGAGAUGGUGAUGAGAGCCAGAGAUAAUGUUUACCAUUUGGACUGUUUUGCCUGUCAGCUUUGUAACCAGAGGUUUUGCGUGGGCGACAAGUUUUUCCUUAAAAACAACAUGAUUUUGUGUCAAAUGGACUAUGAGGAGGGUCAGCUGAACGGGAGCUUUGAGACCCAAGUCCAAUAGUGGGAAGCUUGUGUCGUGGCAGCAACAAUCAGCUCCACAUGUUCCACACACGAUGGAUGUUCUGCUGCACUUGGAAAAAGACAAGCGUCUGUCUGCUUGCCUGCAAUACUUUUUAAGACCCCUUGAUUUGUUCCUAAGGACUCUAUUGUAAAUGUUCAACUUUUUGCCCCUCCCUCAUCCCAACACUGAGCAGUUACAAAUGUUGAUGUACAGUUGUGCCUGCUUAGCUGAGCACUAUAUUGCUUGUAUGUUUUGUGACAUCGGUUUCAGGUUUGUUUGUUUUUUUCUUUGAGAAAUGGUUCACUGGAGGGUAUGUACAGUCUGUUUUCUCUGUAUAUAUAAACUGGAACAUUUAUUUUAUGAAAUGUAAUGCAAUUUUAUUACUAGUGUGAAUUAAAGAUUCUUAAAUGUU